AUUUCCACAUUUUUCCUGUGUGUUUGUCUGAGCUGUAAACCUUGGACUCAAAAACUGAAAGAGAGAGAAAGUGAGAGGAGAGAGAAAAGGAAAGUUUUUUGGGCAGUGGGUCUGAAAAAGUUUGUGUCUUGAGAGAGAAUUUUGGGAUUUGGAUUGGUGGUGGGAAGAGAAGAUUGAUUAUUGGGUGUGUGAAUUUUUUUGGGGGGAUGGCAACAUUUGCAGGGACGACGCAGAAGUGCAAAGCAUGUGAGAAGACAGUAUACUUGGUUGAUCAGCUCACUGCUGACAAGAAAAUCUACCACAAGGCUUGCUUCAGAUGCCACCACUGCAAGGGCACCCUCAAGCUCAGUAACUAUUCCUCCUUUGAGGGUGUUUUAUAUUGCAAGCCUCACUUUGAUCAGCUAUUUAAGAUGACUGGCAGCUUGGAUAAAAGUUUUGAAGGUAUACCAAAAACUGUUCGAGAAAGAUCCGAUCAGACCAACAGUAAAGUUUCGAACUUAUUUGCUGGUACUCAAGACAAGUGUGUUGCUUGCAAGAAAACAGUUUACCUUAUCGAAAAGGUGGCUGUUGACGGCACAUCAUACCAUAAACCUUGCUUCAGGUGCAGUCAUGGAGGCUGUGUGAUCAGUCCAUCAAACUAUGUAGCUCAUGAGCAUCGUCUCUACUGCAGGCAUCACCAUAGCCAACUCUUCAAGGAGAAGGGAAACUUCAGCCAGCUUAGCAAGCAUGACGAAGUUAAAGAGGUGACUGAGAAUACAGACGCAGAGGCUUAGUAAUUCUAUCAAAACUUUUCACACUGAGACUGAUCACUCUCACCGCGGAGUUUCUGAGCAAGAGUCCAACUUGUAGCAUGUACAAGAAGAUCUAUUCAGGUUCUGUUUUUUUCUAUUUCUAUGUAAUGUGUUGCACUGUCGGGUACAAAAAUUUGUAUUGCUGCAUUGUUGCAAAUUUUUGAGUUUGAGUUUGAGUUUGAAUGGAUGAUAUACUGCAAGUUAAUGCAUAGUUUUCGAAUAGAAUAGCUAUUGGCCGUAAUUUCUUAU